AUGUGGCCAGAAUGGAUAAGUUCACGGCGUCACCGCCGCGAUUCGCCACCACUGUCACGUUCACAUUCUCUAUCUCGCGCCGUGGACUUCUCUUGUUCAUCUUUGAAAGACAUUCAUACCAUUCUCAAAGACAACCCUAGUCUAGAGCCAAACAGUCUAAAAUCUCCUUCGUUAUUCCGUCGAAUCCGCAUCUCCACCUCCGUCCUCCGCGCCUUAGCCGCUUCUCACACCGCUCCCACACCGUCUCCCAAACUCGAUCCAUCUCCAUCUCCAUGCCUGGACCAACCUAUAGUCGUCUACUACACAAGCCUCCGCAUCGUCCGCCGCACCUUCGACGACUGCCGCGCCGUCAGAUCGAUUCUCCGAUGCUUCCGCGCCGCCAUCGACGAGCGUGACGUCUCGAUCGACGAUCGGUUCCGCGAUGAGCUCCACGAGAUUCUAGGUCGGAAAAAUGUGACUCUCCCUAGGGUUUUCAUCGGUGGUGUUUACGUCGGCGGCGUUGAGGAGGUUAAGCUAAUGCUCGAAAACGGUAGACUAAGCCGUUUGAUCGAACGGUUACCGAAGAGUAAUCACAUAGGUUGUGAUUGUUGUGGAGGGUUCAGAUUCGUUAUGUGUGAUGAGUGUAACGGAAGUCAUAAAGUGUUUACGGAGAAAAGUGGUUUUAGAAGCUGUUCAUCUUGCAAUUCUAACGGAUUGAUUAGGUGCCCCGCAUGUUUCUUCGUGCUGCCGCGACACACCAAAUUGAUUGCUUAG